CUGUAUUUCAGUGUUUCGACACACUUCAGGGGAAGUCGUCUUGCCGCAACAAUGCUUACGUCGGCUUAAGAUUGAUUUGAUCUUGACAUGUGAAGCACUAAUGUGAAAAUGGCAACAAAUAAUACGCGAAUGGUGUACGUGGAAAGCGUCAUCGAUGGUACUCCCCUGUCUGAAACUGCGGGCAACAGCACGGAAAUGGAGCAUCUGAAGAGCAGCAUUGACGACAUCUUCGUCAUAUCCAAUGGGAUCAUCGUCUGCUUUAUGCAGUGCGGGUUUGCGUGCCUGGAGGCUGGGGCAGUGCGGUCCAAGAACACUACCAACAUUAUGAUGAAGAACCUCAUGGACAUCUUCAUCAGCUCAGUGGCCUACUGGCUGUUUGGCUUCGCGCUGGCUUAUGGAGAAGGUAACUCGGUGAUUGGUUAUACUCACUGGGCUGGAAUUGGGAUUGAUUAUGGCAAGAUGGCUAAUUGGUUCUUCCAAUGUAUAUUCGCCGCUACUGCUGCCACGAUCGUGUCUGGAGCCGUGGCCGAAAGGUGCAACUAUAUUGCCUACAUUACGUACAGUUUCGUCAUAUCAGGCUUUGUGUAUCCUCCUGUAACUCACUGGGUCUGGACAGAAGAAGGCUGGCUGUAUAAACUGGGCUACGUGGACUUCUCUGGUUGCGGGCCGAUCCAUCUCAUUGGAGGAGUCUGCUCAUUCUUCGGGGCUCUCUUCCUGGGACCCCGACUCGGAAGAUUCGAGAAUAAAUUUAAUAGCUCAGAGAAGGAAGAACUAGUGGGGCACUCAGUCCCGCUCACAGGUAUUGGCGGAAUGAUCCUUAUAGCAGGAUUUCUGGCUUUCAAUGGCGGGUCCAUUGGUUCGAUGUCAAAACCUGGGGACCAGUUUGUCAUCGCUCGAGUCAUUAUCAACACGAUUCUGGGAGGCAGUGGUGGGAGCAUCGUAAUGCUGGGGAUGUGCAAACUUGGAUUUGGCGGGAAAUCGGCCUGGUCCUUCAGUCUCACACUGAAUGCAGCUCUAGCUGGCAUGGUGUCCGUGUGUGCUGGAGCUGACGUCAUGGCCAUGUGGGCAAGUUUCGUGUCCGGAGCCCUGAUGGCGCCGCUUUACCUGGGGAUUCACUACGCCGUGCUGUGGAUUAAACUUGAUGAUCCGCUAGAUGCCGUAGCUGUUCACUUCGGUGGCGGAUUCUGGGGUCUUCUGUCUGCGUCGCUGUUUGGCAAUGGAGGAAUAGUGUUUGGCGCCAGCUACGAGUCCGGCUUGCUGCUGUGGCACAGAAUUGUGGGAGCAUCUGUAAUAAUAUUGUGGGGGUCUGUGUGGUCCUGCUUGAUGUUCGGACUUCUGAAACGUAGCGGGAAACUCCGCGUUACCGAGGAAGAGGAAUUGAAAGGUUUGGAUAUUGCAAUGCACAAUGAACCAGGUUACCCUCUGAAAGGCUGGUUCAUCCCACCUCAGUUCUCCCUCUAUUCUGAGGCCGAGGCUUUAGUGAAGCCUGACAUGGAACCUUUAGCUAGACCUGCGGUGGAACCUUACGUGGAAGUCAUGCCGAAGCCUGAAGCAGAGAAGGUGAUGAACUCCGACUCUGAUACCUCCAGAAGAACCUACAACAAAUCUUCGAUAAGGCCCAAGUCUGAGAGCGAGGCCGACAGAUACUUCCGACGUUGAUCGGCUCGACGUAUCGCUGGUAGAGGUGUCAGAAUUAUCCACUGUCAUCACCACGUGUACAUAUCAAAACUUUUAUUUAUGACUUCACUAUCUUAUUUACAGUUCCCAUGGAUGGCUAUAAAUUUCUAAUCAUGAUAGCGUGCAGGUAUUUCAGAACACUGACAUGAGACGGGACAGCUCUAAAGUGACUUGGUACGAUUUGCAGAAAGGGUUUCGGUUCCUAGUUUGGUUGUGGCGAGCAUCCAGUUUCUCAUUUCCACUGGGUAAGGCUGUAAAGUAGGCCAUUCAUCUGCAUUCCGUGCAGAGGCUGAGCUCAUUAGGCUCUGUCAGUAUCUCAGACUAUUCAGCAUCGAUUUAUAGGAAGAUUAAGAAAGAUGUAUUGGAAAGGAAGUGAAAAGAAUCUGGUGUGGCCUCUUUCAAGAUACUAUCCCAGGAUUCGCUUGGAGUUAUUGGGAAAAUUCACGAAAAACCUCAGUCAGGAUAGUUGGUAUCACGGCUGAGAUUCUAACCUGGUACCUCUUGAAUACAAAACCGAUGCGUUAAUGCCUGAAUAAGCCUGCUCGGAAAGAAUGCUUGGAGCUUUACUGCCACUCCCUCUUAUUCCUUCACAAUUUGGUGCUUAAACACAGGGACAACUUCACCUUGCCAUUCAGCCCAAACUGAUUUGGGGGAAGUCAAUUCGAAACUCAAGAUUGUGGUUAUGGAAACAGGGCGGCGACUGAAGUGUUCACUACACUUGUCGUAAAGUCCUCGUGCCCAUUGGCUGUGUUACAUAUCUUACUGCGUUUGCUUCUGUGCGGCAUAUGCGCUGUAGCCCACAUUUUGACAAUCCUGUUUCUCUGAUAUAUACAUUAUUAUUUUCUCCUUGAUACCUGCAUUCCGCCGGUGAUCUAGUCUUGUAAAGGUUGUAGGAACCCAAUUUGUGUUACUUCCAGAACUUUGGCACCGUUUCCUAAAUACAUAAUCUCACUUCAUAUUUGGAAUUUUUUUUACUGUAAUAUAUACACGUACUUUUAUAUUUGUUGCUGAUAACAUUUCUUUGCCAGAAUUUCUCUGAAUGAUGCCAUUUAUUUUACUGUAAAAUUGUCAUCUGAUUUCCAUAUCCCUUCUGAGGUCUCAGAUAAGCUAUUCUGAAUACUCAAAUUAUAAUAUUUUUGCGAUAAUUUUACUAUUUUAUGUAUUGGACUUGGUUCAUCCUGGUCUGUCACACUAUUAAUAGUAUAAAAAUUAUUAACGCCGUCCAGUGUGAUUGAUAAA